AUGGCUACCUCUGAGGUUGAAGCUCUGACUCCCCUUGCAACUCCCGUCCCAGAUGGGCCCACCGAGCUACCCUUCUCCGAGCUGCAAUGGUCUACUUUGCUGGCCAUAAUGGACACGGUCAUUCCAUCAAUUCGAAGAGAAACGACGACAAACAACACGAUCAACCAGUUAACCAUCUCAGACGUCGAGUACAACAAAACCGUGAAGCACCUCAAGAAGACGUUGGCCAAUUCGCCUGACAGCGAGUCUUUGGACGAAUAUCUCGACGAAAAGCCCUCUGAUAAUCAAAGAUUCCAAGCCCUGCUACAACGAACGCUUUCCACCUUCGUCAGGGAUGAUGCAAGGCAGGGCUUGUCAUUGAUACUGACAACACUGAACACUCGAGUCGGGUCUCUCAUGCUCACUGGCUAUGCUACCCCAUUCCAAGACCAACCAGUUCAUCUCCGCCAGACUAUUCUCGAUGGCUGGCGUGUCUCCUAUCUCCCCCCUCUGAAUGCGGUCCACAAGCAGAUGACGCUUGUUGCGAAAAGUAUCUGGCUCAAGACAAGUCCAACAUACCACAAGCUCUCCGGAUUCACACCAGUCCCAAACCACUACAAGCCAGGUUCUCACUACGAAUAUGAAUUUCUGCAAUUCCCUGCUGGAUCUGGGCCAGAGAUGGUCGAUACGGACGUUGUAAUUGUUGGCUCUGGGUGUGGUGGGGCGGUUUGUGCGAAGAAUUUGGCAGAAGCUGGGCAUCGCGUUCUGGUCGCCGACAAAUCAUAUUACUAUCCUCCGGAGCAGCUACCGAUGUCAGAAGAGGAGGGUGGUAUUCAUUUGUUUGAAAAUGGAGGAGUCGAGAUGACGGAUGAUGCUUCUAUGGGUAUCAUCGCAGGCAGCGCGUGGGGAGGAGGCGGUACGGUCAACUGGUCGGCCAGUCUUCAAACCCAAAGUUUUGUCCGAAAAGAGUGGGCACAGGACAGAGGCCUCACGUUUUUCGAGACUGCCGAAUACCAGAACUGUCUUGACCGAGUUUGUCAUCGUAUGGGGGUUUCUGCCGAACACAUCCAUCAUAACCAUGGAAAUGAGGUUCUCUUGGAAGGCUCGAGGAAACUAGGUUACCAUGCCAAAGCCGUACCUCAAAACACGGGAGGAGCCACGCAUUACUGUGGACAUUGUACGCUGGGUUGUGGAGCCGCUCAGAAGCAAGGACCAGUCGUUUCUUGGCUACCAGAUGCCGCGAAAGCUGGUGCAAAGUUUGUGGAAGGCUUCAAAAUUGAACGUGUGAUAUUCGGCCAGGCCAAUGGCAAAAAGAAGGCGGUCGGAGUCGAGGGGAUCUGGACAUCUAGGAAUAAAAACGGCGGCGUAGAUGGACCUCUCUCCGAACGAAUCAUCCGUAAGGUUAUUGUCAGAGCCAAGAAGGUUAUUAUAUCUUGUGGAACCUUGUGGAGUCCGAUCGUGUUGAUGAACAGUGGUCUCAAGAAUAAACAAAUUGGACGCAAUCUUUACCUUCACCCUGUCAAUCUUGUUGCUGGCGUGUACAAAGAAGAUAUCAGACCCUGGGAAGGUGGGAUCCUAACCUCCGUCUGCUCAACAUUCGAAAACCUUGACGGCCAUGGGCAUGGCGUGAAACUCGAAGCAACCUGCAUGCUUCCAUCAUUCUUCCUUCCUACCAUGAAUUGGAACAACGGAUUGGACUACAAGACACAAGCUCUGAAAUUCCGACAUACCAACGGAUAUAUUUCCAUCUGCCGGGAUCGAGAUACUGGAAGAGUCUACCCAGACCCAACGUCAGGAGUUCCUCGAUGCCAAUAUUCGCCAAGUGCCUUCGACCGUGCACACAUCAUGGAGGGGCUUGUCGCUCUGGCCAAAAUUUGCUACGUAACUGGCGCCACCGAGAUCCAUGCCUCCAUCCAAGGUCUGAAACCAUUCAUCCGAGAUCCCGAUGAAGACAGCACGUCAGAAGAACAAGAGGACCCAGGCGUGACCAAUCCCCGCUUUCGAGAAUGGCUUGAAGAACUCCGACGUAUUGGUAACAAGCCUCCAACGGGAACGUUCGCCUGCGCACAUCAGAUGGGAAGCAACCGUAUGAGUAGUCGUCCGCAAGAUGGGGUGGUUGAUCCUAAGGGUAAGGUUUGGGGUACUGAAGAUCUUUAUGUUUCAGAUGCGAGUGUCUUCCCCAGUGCGAGUGGAGUCAACCCAAUGGUGACGAAUAUGGCUAUCAGUGAUUGGAUCUCGAGAGGUAUUAGCAAGGAGCUGAGGAGCAUGAAUGGAAAGGCCGAGCCGAGGUUGUAA